GGAAAUACUUUUGUUGAGCAGUAUUAUCAAAUUCAGCAUCACUCCCCUGAGUCAGUGUACCGAUUCUACCAGGAUUCAAGUGUCUUGAGUCGCCCAGAUGCUAAUGGCGUGAUGACAUCGGUGACAACAAUGAAAGAAAAGAGAUCCAGAGCAGCAUCCCCUUCCAAAUACAUCACUACAAUGUCAACUUAAUGUUCCUCUUGAGUUUAUCAAUAGCAGAAAUAAUUUUCUGCUUUCAAAAUCCAUCCUCAUCGGUGUAUGGCCUCGGGGAAGUAUUUUUUGGCCAAGCUGGACUAUCAAUGUCUUCUUCCUUUUCUUGCCAAGCAGAUUUUCCUCUAUUAUGGUUUCGGUGACCGGAUUCUUCUUAUUGAGGGCAACUAGUUGGGCUUUCAAUGUUGCAACAUCUACUGCCAAAUAUCAACACUUUGAUAUGUUCAUUGGACUACAAGAACUACAAGGCCGAAAUAAGGACUGCAGAUGCACAGGAUUCCUUCAAGGAUGCGGUGGUUGUUUUGGUGACUGGAUGCUUAACUGGAAGAGAUAAGUUAAAAAGGAAAUUCGCUCAGACAUUUUUCCUUGCUCCGCAGGACAAGGGUUAUUUUGUGUUGAAUGAUGUUUUUAGGUAUGUCGAAGAUAAUGAGAUUGAUACCGUCUCAGAAGUGCUUAAUGGAACUGAGGAUGUGCAGUCAGAGGUUCUGACCCCUGAUCCAGAACCUACUCAUGUGGUUGAUCCUCCAGAUCUCGACCAAGCUGGCUCACCUGCAGAAGAAGUUCAACAUGUUGAGGAAAAAGCCAAUGACUCUUCGGUAGAUGGGAGGCAAGUUGCUGAUGAAAGAGAGAUUGUUGUGGAAACUGGAUCCUAUUUCAACGAGGACCAGCACCCUACAAAUACAGAAUCAGUUAAUUCUGUUGCCCAAGAGUAUGCUCCAAAGAAGUCGUAUGCAUCAAUUGUCAGUUCACAAACAAAGAAAGGGCCAACCAAAAUCUAUGUACCCACCAAUACUUCUAGAGUGGCUCCUCCGAAGGCUGUAAAGCAGCCGGUUGCUGUAGUAGCACAAAAUGCAGCUCCUGAAUCAUCAAAUCCUACUACCACUAGUGGAAUCGAUGUACCUGAAGCUAAUGAUGCUGAAGAUGAAGCUGAGGGAUACUCUAUUUAUGUUCGAAAUUUGCCUCUAGAUGUUACUGUAGCCCAACUUGAAGCUGAAUUUAAAACAUAUGGGCCUAUUAAGCAAGGAGGUGUACAAGUUAGAAGUAAUAGGCAACAAGGAUUCUGCUUUGGCUUUGUUGAAUUUGAAGAUAUGAGCUCCAUGAACAGUGCCAUACAUGCUUCUCCCAUUAUCAUGGGGGCUCGUCAAGUUGUUAUCGAGAUGAAGAGAACAACAACUAGAGUUGGUAGCAUUAGAGGCCGUUUCUCUCCUAGAAGAGGAGUAUUCCGAAAUGUCAAUUUCAGGGUCCGCGGAAACUUUGGUGGAGGUCGGAGCUACGGGAGAAGUGAAUUUGGAGGACGCGAUUUUUCAGGGCGUGGUAGGGUUCAAGGUGGACGUGGUGGUGAAAGCUAUCAAGUAAGAGGGAGAGGGGGACAGAGAGGUGGCCCUAGUCAAAGUUCUGCUACAGCAUAGUUAAUGUGGCUGGAUAAAUUUUGAUCUAGUUUAUUUGUUUGCCAGUGUGCUGGCAGCGGAACGGUAGUUGACAUUGACGUUACUUUGUGUUCUCGUCCCCCCAGUUUACCCAAGUGUUGGGGGACUAUUCACUCACAAUUUUUUGUGUGGGUGACCUUUGUUUUCUACUAACUCACAACGCUUAAUGUUGGUAUUUCAAAAUUAUGUACAGGAAAAAUGGUUUGAUGGAAUGUUAAAUUUUAUUUCUCAA